AAAGUAGAAAGGGGACUCAUUGAACUUACAUACUGCCACCUCUGUCAAUGACAAUAUCUUUUCCUUGUUCGAUACCAAACAAAAUAAAUAAUUUCCAAUUGUUCAAUAACUAGAUAUUUACAUUUGGUGUGUAAUUAUUGUUUUGCUAAAUAAAGGAAAAUAAAUGUGCACAAUUUCGGCUAAUUCGAGAUUGGAUGUGGGAGAAAUAACGUGUAGGCUACAAACAUUAUCAGGCAGAUAGACAGACAAAUUAUUUCUGUCACGUGAUGGACUAGGAAGUGACACAACAUGGCUUGAACAUGCUAAUCUACCUUGAAUGCAGAGAUGUGCAUACCAACCUGAUACUUGUAUUCCAGCCGUGCUAAUUGUGUCAAGUACUGACCAUCACGUUCUGGUAAAGAAAAUAGAUCAAAUGAAUUCUUCAUUGAUUUUCUCCAAGCUAAUUUGGUUGCACCUCUGUUUAACCAUCACGUUCUUGCACCCUAUCCCUGGAUUUCAAGUACCAGAAAUGGAGCUAGCAUACAGCGUAGAAAACAAUCCUUGUUCUUAUGGAGCGAACCUGAGUCUUAGGUGGGUGAACUGCUCAACACGUUCACUGACUUAUCUGCUCCCUUCUUGGUUUCCCGAGAGCACAACUGAUCUAAUGUUACAAAGUAAUCUGUUGAUGGUUUUACACAAUGACACACUAACCCACUUGCAUUUAUUGGAAAGGUUGAGUCUCGAGAAUAAUUUGCUAAGGUACAUACAAGCCAACGCUUUUCAAGGUCUUCAUAAUUUAAACUAUCUCAAUCUCGAAUACAAUCGUCUUCAGCUCUUUAGCUUGCCUGCAAAUAUAUUUAAUGAUUUGAUUCAUUUGACCGAAUUAAGACUGAUCCAAAAAGACAUCUCUUUUGAUGAACAGAAGAAAAAUAUUACCAAAAUAUUCAGCAAUAAAAGUUUUCCAGAAAAUAUGUUUCUUAGAGUAAUCAACUUAACACUUUUAACCAUCACUGCAUCAGGAGAUUACUUGUAUUUUAAUGAGGAGUUUAAACAUUUGAAUGAGCUCCACACUGUUGUAGUGACCGGAACUAUUUCCACCAUUGACCAAAACAGUUUCAUACAUGUCCAAAAUGUCCAGCAUUUAAGUCUAGUUGAUUUGGAGGAAAUGGCAAGAAUGAGUGAUUUGUCUUUGGGUGCAUUUUUGAAGAUGAGAAGCUUAAACUACGACCUUGUUGAUCUAGGUCUACGCCAUGCACUCCAAACUUUACGACCGCUUGUUAACAGCACCGUCGACUCAAUCAGGUUUCAAAAUGUUCGAGCAAGCAACUCAAAGUACGCGUCUUUAAUGUCAAAAGAUGGAGUUUUAGAUGACAGUGCCAUGCAGUACUUGCUACAAAUCUGUGUGAGGGAGCUACACUUGAUAGGGUGUGAUAUAUUUGUCAUUUUACCCAGCGCCUUUAACAGUUCCACAUUUAACAGUUGCUUGAGAACGCUAAACAUUUUCAAUAAUCCAGUUAUUGGAUCCAUUUUCGGUCUUUUCAGUGUUUUUCAUCUCAAAAGUGUCAAUAGGCUUGUUUUAACAAGCACAUUUGUCACACACUACGCUGAUGAUACAGACAUCUUGUAUUCAUCAAACAUGGUGUCCGCAGCUUUAUCAAUGACAGCUAGCAUUGAUUCCCUUAGGGAUCAUCAAACAAUGCAUGGAAAUAGUUCUUUAUUAGUCAAUAACACUUUCAAUAUAUAUAUUUCAAAAUCUUUGCAGUACAUGGAUCUUUCACGUUUGUUUGGAUCUUUACAUCUGAGUGCCGCAUUAAACUUCCUUGGUGGUGAGACUUUGGUCCAUCUCCGACUAAUACAAAACGGGAUAAAUGAUAUUAAAAAGCCUGUCAUGGGACUUAGGAAACUAAAGACGUUGUAUCUAUCUAAUAAUAACUUCGAAUCCUUUCCUUUAACAUUUUUCGAUUCCUAUCCAGCACUUGAGUUACUCGCACUGGAAAGCUGUCGUAUCGAUGGACUUUUAAUGAGUCAGCAUAGCUUCAGAGUUUUCCAAAACCUUCACAGUUUACAAAGUUUGGAUUUAUCUUUUAAUUCUUUGGAUAUGCUAUCUCCUCAAACGUUUUCAACCAAUCCAAAUCUUACUUCUCUUAACCUAGCAGGGAACAGGUUCAGAAAUGUUCCCUUUGAUAUAAAGCUAACGCCAAAUGUGAAAUUCCUGGACAUCAGGCACAACGCUCUUACCACUAUCGACAUCUCAAGCCGGAAAGCGCUUGACGAGAAACUAAACACUCUUGGCGAGUUUCGACUGUUAUUGUCAGGGAAUAUUUUAUCUUGCGGAUGUGAAAACCUUCUUUUACUCCAAUGGCUGCAGGAGACACGUGUUGAGCUCGAUGGCAAUAGAAAUUUCACUUGCAUGAAUAUAAAAGGCAUCUUGAGCUCCACUCUCGCGUAUAGUAACUUAGACGGACUCUGGCGUGAAUGUUGGGGUCAGUUUUUCUUCAAUCUUUCAAUGGCUCUCUUAUGUUUUACUUUACUUGCUUAUAUAUUGUUUUUUACUUGGAUCAAGAAUAAGACUGUCAUUCUGUCCAGUAUACUUCAGAUAUUUACAGACUUCAAACUAAAGAAACCCUCGGACUAUCAGUCAGGUGUCUAUCUUGGAUACGCGGAAUCCGAGUAUAAAUUUCCUUGCAGAGAAUUGAGACAAUACAUCGAGGAUGAACUUUGCGUGAAUACUUUUAUACGCGACCGUGACCUUUUACCUUCGCUUGAUAUAGCUCAAGGUGUUAUGGACGCUAUCAACUCCAGUUGGCGGAUACUUCUAGUCAUCAAUGAAAGAUUCAUGCACCAAGAUGACUGGUUUUUGUUCACCAUCAGGGCAGCCAUCUACUCCAUUAGUCCUGCGAAUCCCAGCCGUGUAGUAGUCUUGGUAGAGAAGAACAAAGUUCACAGUGUACCAACAGAAUUGUUGAGUUCAGUUCCAAACGAGAAUAUUAUUGUGGUGUCUCAAAUGCAAUUGACUUACAAACUUAAGCAAGCUUUGAAAACACGCCUAUUGUCUCUAAAAUGAUUAUUCUUUUAUUCUCCAAAAAAAAAAAAAAAAGAAAACCUUGAUGCUGAACCCAAAAACAAGAAAGGCUUCGUGAAUUAAAAGAUCUGAUGUUGUUACAGUGCUACAUUCUGGCAGAUUCGACACUUUAUUGGUCUAAGUCGAUCUUUUGUACCUUUGUAUCCAACAGAUGAAUAAAGGGAAGAAAUGCUUUGUGGGCAAAACAGUUUCCAUUCAUUUCACCCAAAUGAAAAACGCCAUAAGUGAAAUGACGACCACAUGCGGUGAAGAACUCUUGGGGUCUUAAUGCUAACUCAUUCACAAAUAGACUCCAUCUACCUCGACCCUGUUCUCAUUGAAUCUUUAUAAGACAGGGUGACAAGGAUGACGAUACGUGCUUUUCAGAGAAUAAACUCUCAUUUAACUGAGUAGAAUUAUUAGGUGAGCUAUUCCUGUUCAAGUCGUGAGGAUUUGUAAUUUCUGUUGUUUUUAAUUUAAAUGUAAAAUGAGGAUGUGAUAUUACAAUGUUCAGUAAAUGUAUACAAGCAUUCAAAGAAUGAUUGUUGAAUGUCAUUGUGUGAUUUGUUGUCUGGCUUUAUUGUACUGGAGUUGAAUUUAAAUGUAAUGAAAUAGCUUCUAAUUUUAAAAAAUGUUAAAAACCAAUUAAAUAUCAAAGGAUUGUCUCUUUAUACAAAAGCCCUAAUAUAGUGCGGAAGUAAAUGGAUUGUACUGUUCUCUACAGUAAAUCGAGCCCUUAUCCUGCUCUUGUGAAGCACUCAACCAUGAAAUAAAUUGUUCUCGACGUUUGAAAAUAGUUGAUAUAAUAAAACUUUGACUGGCCUGUACAGCUUAGAUGAGAUCAGAAAAUACAGUAACAGAAAACAAGAAAAAUAAAGAAACAAGAGUUGAUGUUAUCAAACAAACUCAGAGGCGGCCCCCAUCGGAUCCGCCAAUUGGAAGGAAUAUUCAAGACAUGAUUUCUUUUUUAUUAUCUAAAGUAAUAGAAAUUCAAAGAAUCAUUGGUGUUACUUUUAACUUGAAAACAAACUAAAUAACCUAUGAUCUAUAAAUAGACUUUUAGACCUUUUGUCAAGAAAACUAAUUGUAAUAUACAAGAAGAGCGAUUUUAGAUAAUCUUUUGUUAUCGUUAUUUUAAUCAUUAAAAUAGAACAGCCUAAUAUCGAUAAUGAGAUUUCUGCUUAUAGUAGGUUACAUUUAUUCAUUCGUAAAUUAAAAGGAGAAAUCAGCUUUUUUAAAAAUAUUUUUUCAUAUUAAAAAAAAAAAUCUGAUUGUGACAGGUAACAUACAUAAAAACAAAACUUAUACACUAUACUAGGGCCGUUGAAAAAAGAUUAUUUGAAACUUUUUUUUGGAAGGGAGGGGAAUUCAACAUAGCUCAAUGCCACUGCUUAAACUACUUGACAAUAAAUUUUGGGAAAAUAUUUCCUUUUUCCUGCUGCUUUAACAAAAAAAAAAAAAAAAAAAAACAA